GCAGAAUCACUUUGCAGUUAAUUCGUAUACGGUAACAGAAAACACAUGUGAUUUGACUGUACUGGAUGAAGGACACAGGUACUGAUUUAGAACAGUAUGCCCACAAAGACGUCAACUUGUCCUCAUGUAAAGGUGGUGGAUAGUGUAACAUGGGAAGAAUUGAGGCGAAAACAGCAGGACUGUACUACCUGUGUCACCUGUAAGGUAAACACCAGCAACCUGUGGCUGUGUCUUGUAGGCUCCUGUCAGUAUGUCGGCUGUGGUGAGUCGUACUCAGAUCACAGCUCAACUCACACCGAGGAAUUUCAGCAUCAUUUGACAAUCAACUUGACAACUUUAAGAAUCUGGUGUUACUGUUGUGAAACUGAGGUCUUUCCAUCUAGGAAUACUCCUUCAUUUAUUAUCCCAGAAAAUUCUGCAUCAGUACCAAUUAAAAAGGACUGUGAUAUGCUGGAGGAUGGCAUGAGUUCCUUGCCUAGCAGUGGUUCUCGGAGCAACACCAGCAGGAAAUUCGGCACAGAUAGUUCGCCCUACCGCAGUAUCUCAGCCGGGGAAGAAUCUGACUCAGAGGGGGAAGACGAAAACAUGAAACCAAGAGGGUUAACAGGACUACAAAAUUUAGGAAAUACUUGCUACCUAAAUGCAGCCAUUCAAGCUUUAUCUAACUGCCCACCGUUAACAAGAUUUUUCUUGGACUGUUCUUCAUAUGUCAGGCCAGAGAAAUCCCCCAUGUUGUCCAAGAGCUAUAUGAAGCUUGUCCAUGAAAUCUGGCACAAGAAAAGGCCAAGUUAUGUAAUUCCAAAUGGAGUUGUUACAGGCAUCAAGGUUGUUCAUCCCAUGUUCAGAGGAUAUUCUCAACAGGAUUCCCAAGAAUUUUUGAGAUGUUUCAUGGAUCAGAUUCAUGAAGAGCUAAAGCAGCCAAUGGUAGCUUCUGAUAAUGAGGAUGAUGAAGAACAUGAGAAAAAUGUAAAAAUUCACCACAGACAGUUGUCAAGAGAUUCAAACAGUAGCAGCCAAUCAGAAGAAUGUUAUGAAUCAUGUGACUCAGGACUGAGUAAUGGAAAAAAUUCAGCAGGCAUCUCUUCUGAAACUGGUGAAAAUCCAAAUCAGAUGCCGAAUAGCAUUGUUUCUGAUGGAAAAACUUACAUACAGGUGAAUAACAGUGAUCAGGAUUCAGGGGCUGGUGAUAGUAUCACCUCAAAGGAGAGUGAUGCAGGGAGCAUCAGGCAGGCAAAACAGGGUUCUAGAGGUAAAGACCUCGGAGAUUUGGGAAAGGGGGAUACAGAAAAAGGAUCUAACAGAGCAAGAAAGUACUCAGAAAAUCCAGACUCCAAAAAGUCACUGUAUUCCUCCAAAGCAACAUUAGGACCAAAGGGUAACAAGAAAAACGUGCAAUAUAGAAGUGUGAUAUCUGAUAUCUUUGAUGGGAAAAUAUUAAGCUCAGUGCAGUGUUUGACUUGUGAGAGGAUUUCUACUACAAAGGAGACAUUCCAGGACUUGUCACUACCUAUUCCCACAAAGGAUCACCUACACAUGAUCCAUGGCCAUAAUGCAUCCUCACUUACGAAGGUGGGGGCAUGUGGAGAAACCAAACAAGGCUGGUUCAGUUGGAUGUUUGGCUGGAUGAGAAACUGGUUUAUUGGUCCCACUAUAACACUACAGGACUGUUUGGCAGCAUUUUUCUCUGCAGAUGAACUGAAAGGAGACAAUAUGUACAGCUGUGAAAAAUGUAAAAAAUUACGGAAUGGGCUGAAGUUUUCUAAAGUUUUGGAAUUACCAGAGAUUUUGUGCAUCCACCUGAAACGAUUCAGACACGAGUUUUACUCCUCCAAGGUCAGCUCGUAUGUGUCAUUUCCUCUGGACAGUCUGGACAUGAAGAAGUACCUACAUAGAGACUGUUCCUCACAAGUAACUCUUUAUGAUCUUCAUGCUGUCAUUUGUCAUCAUGGAACUGCUGGAGGCGGUCACUACACAGCUUACUGUCUGAAUUACAUCAAUGAUCAGUGGUACGAGUUUGAUGACCAGUAUGUUACAGAAGUGGACGUAGGACAGGUCAUUAACUGUGAGGCUUAUGUGCUAUUCUACAGAAAGAGAAACGAUGGUAUGAUACCAUUGAGACAGAAGGCCAUGCAGCUGAUAGAAGCCAGAGAGCCAAGUUUGAUGGAGUUUUUCAUCUCCAAACAAUGGAUUAACAAGUUUAAUACAUUUGCUGAACCUGGGCCUAUAUGUAAUGAUGAUUUCCUCUGUAAACAUGGAGGAGUACCCCCACACAAAAUCAAUCAUGUGGAUGAUCUAGUCAUUUCCUUUAAUCAGGCUUUGUGGGAAUUCCUCUAUCAAAGAUUUGGAGGAGGUCCAGUGUGUAAUCAUUUAAUCCCAUGUACAACUUGCCAAGAAGAGCUAGAAAAACUACAAUAUAGACAGAAAACUGAGAUGGACCAAUUCAUACAGUUGAAUGAGAAAUUCCAUGAAGAGGAUGGGCCUUCUGUCAUAUAUGCCAUAAGCAUGGCCUGGUUUAAGGAGUGGGAAAACUUUGUCAGAGGAAAAUCUGAUACUCCACCAGGACCCAUAGAAAAUCAAAGAAUAUCUUACACAAAGGGAGGUCAGACUUAUCUUAGACAGAACUCAGAUCAUGGUCAACUCUCAGCAGAAACCUGGAAAUUUCUUCACAAAAUAUACGGUGGUGGUCCAGAGCUGUUUAUAAAACAGAAUCGAGGAAAUUCAGGGGGACAGUCUCCUCCCACUACGCACAAAUCUGCCUCAUCCUCAACACUGGGGAAGAGUGGAGGGAGCAGAGGAAAUCUACAAUCUGAAGGAGAAAAGGAGGCUGAUCCCCCCACUAAAGCAGCUCCAAGAAACGAGGAAACCACAACUGAGGAGAGAGGUGUGAGUAAUAAAACUCAGGAGGAGGAAAUGGAGUCAGCUGAUCAAGAAUUAAAUACUAGUGAUCAAAACAUGGACACAGAGCAAAAUGGAGAGGGUGAAUUAGAGAGGACACAGCAUGCUGAAAUGGAAUCAAGUGCCACAGACACUCAGUCUGCUGAGAAAGCAGCUGCAGUCUCUCCUGCAGAACAUUUCAAAACGGAUUAAACUGUCCUCAGAUCCACCCUGUAACAAAACAUUGUGAUGAUUUCUAUUAAUCUGUGGUAUUCCUUGAAGAUUAUUUUAAGUGUUUGUCUAAACAUUUACAUUAAAAUGUAUUGACCUUUAAAUGGAAAGCAUAACAGUGUACUCAUUCCCUGUGUGUUGUGUACUUAUAUAGUUUUUAAUUACUUUUAACAGGAUUGUGUUUUCUGUGAACAGAAAAUUUGUUAUAGUUUUAAUGCCAUAUUUUAAAGGCAACUUUUAAGUUAUCUGUUGUAAAUAUGUGAUUAACUUAUUGUCUCGCUGUAAUGUAUUAAACUCAUUUUCCUCUUUUUCUUUUGUUU